GCCACCGGAUGGCGAUGUAAUCCCGACGCGGAGGAUUGAUCGUUGAUGUGCUUAUCUACAGGGUCCAGCCACGCGAUCUCUAAGUUAAGCCGCACAGAAUUCCUGCUUCAGCUCAUCAUUUCAUCUUCUCAUAAAUUCAAGCAGCAGCACCACCCUCCGGAAUCGAGACGAUGUCGCCAUUUUGUUUCCUACUUUUCUUGGUCUUCAUCGCUCCAUUGGCGGCAUCAUUGUCACAGCGUCACCACAAAGUGAUCAUAGUUGGAGCAGGAAUGUCAGGUAUUAUGGCUGCCAAGAAGCUUUCAGAAAACGGGGUUGAUGAUUUCUUGAUAUUGGAAGGCAGUGAUCGGAUCGGAGGCAGGAUGCACAAGCGUGAGUUUGGGGGGAAAACUGUUGAGAUUGGUGCCAAUUGGAUUGAGGGCGUUGGUGGGCUUCACUUGAACCCGUUACUAGAGCUUGCCCAUGAGUCAGGACUCAGAACAUUCUUCUUCGAUUACUCCAAUAUCUCGUCCAAUUACUUCGAUUCAAAUGGUAAAGCUAUUCCACUUUCCGAGGUUUUGGACAUAACGAAAAAACAAGAAGCUUCGAACAAGUUCAGCACUAAUUUGGUAGCAACAAUACGAGCUAACAACGAAGAAGACGUUUCUGUUUUGGAAGCCCACCGCAUUUUUGGAUACGUUCCAGAAACACCUUUGGAGAUGGCAGUAGACUAUGUCGAUUUUGACAUGGAGAUGGCAGAACCUCCAAGAGUGACCAGUCUGAAGAGUGUAACGCCCCUUCCAACGAACUCAUACUAUGGUGCAUCUUCGCGCUUUGUUGCUGAUGAAAGGGGAUAUGAGCAGCUAGUUCAUGGUUUAGGUGGUAAAUUUCUAAAAUCAGUGGAUGGGAGGUUGACUGACGGGCGCCUAAUUUUAAGAAAGGUUGUAAGGGAAAUUCACUACAGAGAUGACUGUGUUCACGUUUUUGUUGAAGAUGGAACUUCUUACAGUGCAGAAUAUGUCAUACUUUCCAUUAGCUUAGGUGUUCUUCAAAGCAAGCUUAUUCGUUUCAAACCUGAAUUGCCUCGAUGGAAGAUCCUUUCCAUGUUCAAGUUUGACAUGGCAAUCUACAUGAAGAUAUUUCUGAAGUUUCCACAUAUAUUCUGGCCUUCUGGCCCAGGAACUGAAGUUUUUUCGUAUGCGAGUGAAAGAAGGGGUUACUAUAACUGUUGGGAGCACUUGGAGAAGCAGUACCCGGGGUCGAACAUACUUUUUGUAACAGUUACAGAUGAUGAAGCCAGGCGUAUUGAACGUCAGUCUGAUAACGUCACCAAAGACGAAGCAAUGGACGUGCUCCGUAAAAUAUUUGGCCCUGAAAUUCCUGAUGCUUUGGAUAUUCUUGUUCCAAGAUGGGGAAUGGAUAGACUUCAACGUGGAUCUUACAGUAACUGGCCGAUAGGCGUAACAGAUGACGAUUUCAACAAGCUAAAGGCUCCUGUUGGACGCAUUUAUUUUACGGGCGAGUAUACGAGCUUGCACUACAAUGGUUAUGUCCAUGGCGCCUAUUUUGCAGGAAAGGAAAUGGCCUCCUUGAGAUUCUGCUAUUGCAUGUCAUUGUGGUGUGCUGUCGACUCUGAUCCGGUAGAUUUGCAUGUAGUACUUUUCUCGACAUCCUUGCUGCUUAAGUGCACUAUUCACAUAUGUAGAACUGAUCAAUAACCGUAAGGAGAAAUGGUAGCUAGCUCUUAAUCAGCCACUUAAGGUAGGCCAACAGUUGCAGUUAUUACAUGAACUAGUUUUUCAUGUAACAGUGUUUUGCUAAUUUCCUUCAUAAGAAUGUCUCUUUUCUCUUAAUGCAUAAAUUUGAAAACCAACAGGUAUGGAGACCGCUUCUGAUGUUCUGAAGAAUUUAAGAAAGCGAUGCUGCUUAGUUGUCAAGAAACAACAAUGACAGAUGAGCGAAUCAAUAAAUGCUAUAAGCUAGAAAUAAUUUUUGAAUGCAAGUUACUCUAUUUACUUUGAAAACUCCUUGUGCAGCUAAGAAUGCAUCAUGUCAUCACCACCAAGAAGGAGGACGUUACUUGCAAGGAAGAAACUAUUCCUUGAAGGUGAAAACUAACCAAUAAAGCAAGAUACCAUCACAACGUCAUUGUCCAUGCUCCACGAAUUGAAGAAUUCCUUCAAGAGCACAGGACAAAUUGACUACCACUUGGAUUAUACACUUUUGGGAAUGGCUGCUUGUGGGACUGGGUAGCCAGGACAGUGGGCUCGUCGUGGUUCAGAAGUUUGAGAUUGGUGAGGACCUAGUUUUUCAAUGGUGAUGAUGCUGAGAAGACCCAGCUUGAAAACUGCGGACCCAUCUCCAUAAAUGAAGUGGUUGAUGUAACAGGAAGGAUCCAAAGCUUUCAUUGAGGUUGUAUACAUUCGCGCAGAACUUCCAAAAUUUGAGGUUUCUUUUGAAGCACGGGCCUGGUUGGGAUCCGAAUCAACAAGGCACAAUCGUACUGUUGGGAUGGGAGAAGGGUAGAAAGAGAGCGAUACAAACCAUAUAUUUUGCCCUCUAGGAUAUAAACUUCUCAUAAGAUAGUUUACUUGGCGAUACAGCUAUUGAUUAGUUAAUGAGGCAAAAAAUACGAAAUAUGUUUUUUUUUAAAAUAAAAUAAAACAGAACCAGCAGAGUUCCCCAGUUGUUGA